GUGUGUGUUUUGUCUAUGGUCUGUUUCUCUGUGGCCAGUGCUGGUUGUGUGGCGCGCCGCGGGUGCAAGUUUACGAGGUGCCCGGAACAGGGUAUUUAUGCAAAUGAGUUUAAAAUUUUGUGCAAGGAAGUUGAGAGAAUGCAAUUUUGUUGCGAUGCUUUGUGCAAUGAUCCGGGGAGCUUGCGGAGUGCGCUUGGCCGGAAUCUUGGCCGCCAUCUUGCGGCCGCUGUCAACGGAAACGUUGAGCCAGGGUACCUGCUAGAAGCCCGUGGCCUGCGGCGGUAUGGCAGCGAUGUACUGCCAACGGCGGCAGGCCUCGGAGCGCCCGGUGCGGCGGCCGCCGGCGUCGAUGGACGCCGCCCGGCUGCGCGACUGGCCCGCGCCGCUCGCCCGGCUCCAGGCGAGCCGUGCGAUGCAAAAGCGCCUUACUCGACAUAUUUUUCUAUCGUAGCUGUAGUUUAUCGACAGAUACCGUCUGGUAGAAAAAUAAUGACAAUUAUGAAACCAGCCCCUUUAAAUUAUCAUACGCAAGUUUAUUCUAACACAAAUAAUGUAUGUGUAUAAAUCGAGCGUUUAAGCAUGUGAACUCGUUCACCAAUGCUUGUAUUAUAGUUUAUGGACUUGAUAAAUGUAGAUCAUUAUUCCGUACGCUUUCUUAACAUUGUCUAUGCUCAUUUAGUCUUUAAGCGAUAAUAAGUUAAGUUUUGUUUCUGCAAGUUUUUCGUUUUUGUUAUAAGUCAGCUAAUUGGUCCAGAUAGACGUAUGUAAUGCAUAUUUCUUUAUAAAAAAAACAUUAUAUUUUCUACUAUUA